AUGAAUCACCCGGAUCACUGGAGCAACUCGUGGUUAACACUGGCCCAGGACCAAGGAAAGCUUGAGGUUCAUAUCCCGAAGGCCUUCUCCGAAGAGCGACCGCCAGUGAAUUACUCACAUACAUCGUUCAAUAUCGCCAUCGACGAGCAUGCAGUUGCAGCGUCCUAUCCUAACCUCGGCCAGCAUGAUCUUUCGUCCAUGAUGAUCCCGGGAGCCAACAUAUGGGACCUUGGUCUCCCCUCGACCACGCCGCGAGGCACUGAGGAUUACCUCAACUCUGACAGCCCGCUCCUCACCCUGCACAUAACAAGCUUCACAGAUGCUACCCUCGUAUCAUUGUGCUGGCCACACGUUGCUGCCGACGCGAAAGGUCUAACGGAGCUCGCCAAGGCCUGGAGUCUCGUUCUUGCAGGACGCGAAACCGAGGUUCAGCCCAUGUUGUCUUUCCGCGAUGACCCGAUGGCUACUGCUGGACGUGACCAGAGGUUCCAGGAGAAGCACUGGCAGGAACACUUACUUCUGACCGGUUUCUGGCUGUAUGUAUGUCUCCUACGCUAUCUGAUAGACAUGCUGUGGUGGCCAAAGAUGGAGAGCUCUGGCGUUUUCAUCUCAAAGGAGGCAGUUCAGAAGCUGAAGGCGGCAGCAGCUGAGAAUUUGCCUGAGCCAAAGCCUUUCAUCUCUGACGGUGAUGUCAUCUCAGCUUGGGCGUGUUCCAUGGCAGCAAGUGUCCUGACACCGACGUCGGACCGCACAGUUAGCAUCUUGAACGCUUUUGAUCUGCGCAAACGUGCCCCAUCUCUGUUCCCUGCAAGAGAAGGGGAUGGGUGCUAUAUCCAAAACGCUGUAUUCCCAAUUACCACGCUCGUUCCCGCACGGGUGUUGUGCUCAAGGGAAGGUCUUGGUCUCGCAGCCCUGGAGGUUAGACGUACGAUCGGGAAUGACAGCCAGGAGGCCCAAGUUCAUGCGCUCGCCAGGUUGAACAGGCGCGCUAUAGUUGACAAUGGGCUGGUUCCGAUCUUUGGAGAUACAAGCAUCUUUAUGAUCAAUCUAUCCAACUGGACCAAGGUUGGAGUCUUUCAUACUGUGGACUUUGGACCGGCCGUACUCUUCCGAAACUCUCGGACAAGAUCUGGGGUUCUCGAGAGCAAACCAGUCUUCUGUCAGGACGAAGGAGUCAGCGAGAAGGAUGUCUUUGCAAGGAACUAUUUCACGUUUGUAGAGGGUCCUGCAGGUGGCUAUUGUGUCCGAGGCUACCUGCCUCCGAAGGUCUGGCGUAAGAUUGAGCAAAGCAUAGACUCCGACGACACACUUUCGCCGGAUUCGGCCUUGGCGCAGCGACUGCUUGAUGAAGGAUUCACUCACACUGGCAAGGAAUUGAGCAAAGGGGAGGCUCUGAGAUGGGCGGCGAAACAAGUCAAUCUCGAGCUCCUGCAGUUGCUCAUCCGAGAAGGCGCCGAUGUCAACUCCAAGGGCGACAAGGAUGAGACUGCGUUCAUGUUCGCCGCGGAGUCUGGGGACUGCGAUCUCAUUCUCGCGCUUCACAAGGCCGGGGUCGACAUGGAGGCAGGGAACACGUCAGCACAGAGUGCCCUGCACUAUGCUGCGAUAGAUGGUCGCGAAGCCGCUGUGCGACUGCUCGUCAAUGAACUCAAAUUUCCGAUCGAGUAUCCCGAUGUUGAUGGGUGGACGCCUUUCCUGGCGGUGGCGCGAACCGUCCAGACUGCGAUGCUUGGAGUUCUGCGCGAGCUGGGUGCUAAUAUCGAUGCUAAAGACAACACGGGCCGCUCGGCUCUGCAUCAUGCCGCCAUCCGAGGUUCUCUCGAGAACGCGAAGCUUCUGAUAGAAUGGGGUGCGAGCCCCAGUCCUGCUGACGAAGAUGACUACACACCUCUGCACAGAGCUAUCAUCGCCAACCGACCCUCUAUUGUGCGGUAUCUGGUGGAGAUUGGGGCCGACAUCUCAGCGAUAAACAACAUCGGUCGUAAUGCACUCCAUACAGCCGCAUGGGAAGGGAAAAGCGAUCUUGUCGAAACCAUUCUGCAGCCGGGAACCAUCGAUCUCGAAGCCAAAGAUGGUACGGGCGAUACGGCUCUUUCGCUCGCAGCGUACCGCGGUAACACGGCUGUUGUUAGCCUGCUUGUUCAGAGAGGAGCGGCUCUAGACUGCGUCGACAACCGAAGCAACUCACUCCUGCACAACGCCACUCGCGGCUACUCUUUUGAGGUGAUUGACUUUUUGAUGAAGCAUAACGCCGAUAUUGAAGCGAGGAACGGAUCAAAGGCAACUCCAUUGCUUUUUGCGGCCCGAAACAGCGACUUGGGCAUGAACCGCUACCUGGAAAAGUACGGAGCAAACCUGUACAAGGUCGACAAAGAUGAUUAUACUGCGCUGCACCUGGCUGUCAUGACAGGAAAUCUAAGGCUAGUACGUCACUAUGUACGGUCCCGAGUGAGCCUCGAGGCGAAGACCAAAUGGGGCCAGAGCGCUCUGAGCCUGGCGGCGGAAGAAGGAUUCAGCGAAAUUGUCACACUACUUCUCGACAGCCGUGCCGAUAUAGAGACUGAGGCGACACAAGCGGGCUGCGAAAGGUGGCGGCCGAUUCAUUACGCCGUUUCCAAGGGACAUGAGGCAGUUGUAGAAAUCCUGCUGGAGAGAGGUGCCGACGGUUUUGCCAAGGAUGCAGACGGACGGACUGCUCUCUAUCUUGCCGAGGACAAAGAUCACACCAAUAUUGCAGAGCUCAUUCGGAGAAAUACACGAAUAGGCGGCAAGGUGUCCCAAGCCGUCCAAGUACGGUCCAUUGCGGGCUUGAUCUAUUCUGCUGGCUUCGGUGAUGCCACCGACCUAAAGCGUAGCAUUGAAGAGGGCGUCGAUGUCAAUGCGAUGGCAACGGAUGGCAACCGCGCCCUCAUCGAGGCUGCCAAGCGCGGAAAGAGUACUUCGAUGCUCAUGCUCCUUGAGGCAGGCGCGGAUCCAAAUCUGCAAGAUCUUUUCGGUAUGUCAGCGCUAUGGUGGGCGUGCUGGAUGAAGGAAGAGGAGGUCGUGCGACAACUUCUUUCACGAGGAGCGAGCACGGAGGUAGCGGAUCAAGACAACCAGACACCGCUUGCGGCAGCUUCUCUGCAGGGAUACGACGGUAUUGUGCAGAUAUUGCUCGAUCAUGGAGCCAAUCCCAACACGCCCGUUACCUACGGCAUGACACCGCUAAUCUACGCCGUCAACGAAGGUCAUACGCGCGUGGUCGAGCUCCUUGUAAAUGCCAACGUCGACCUGAACUAUGCACAGCCCGAUGGCGAGACAGCUUUGUCCCUCGCCAAGUUAGACGGGAACGACGAGAUCGUCAGGAUCUUGGAAACCAAGAUCCAAGAGGGCAAUGGGCCUUCUGUCUCAAGCGACAAGGCAGAUGACACAGGGUACACGGCACAAGAGAAAGAGAGAGCCCUGAAAUUAUCAAAGGCCGCACGAAAAGGAAGGACUGUUGAGCUUGAGAGGUUGCUCAAGUUAGGGACAAACAUGAAUUUGCUCGAGAAGUCGGAUAUUCCGUUGAUCUUGGCUGCGAAGCACGGUCAAGUCCACGCAGUGGCCAUGCUUCUCAGCCACGGAGCUCAAGUCGACAAGCGCGAUGAGUCGGGUCGGACAGCCCUGCAUUAUGCUGCGUGGAAAGGCCAGACUGAGAUUAUUCGGCACCUCCACAAGCAUGGAGCAACCAUCAACAGUCAAGACUACAGCCAGCGAGAUCCCCUUUCAUUAGCGGCAGAAGCUGGCCGCAAGGAUGCCAGCGCGCUGCUUCUCGAACUCGGCUCGAAAUUGGAUCACAGAGAUGACGAUGGCCAGACCCCUUUGUGGCAUGCUGCACAAGUUGGCCAUACAGACAUAGUGGAAUUGCUCGUUAAUGCCGGGGCAAACAUCAACUCAGCUAACCACGAAGGCUUCACUCCCCUAAGCCAGGCGGUUGACGAGCGAGACUUCCACACGGCCAGGCUUCUCCUAGAGAAGGGUGCCCGCAUGAUCCCUGUGCCAAAAACGAACUACUCACCGCUAUGCUUAGCGGUCUACAAUGGCGAUGAGGAUAUCAUCGAAUUACUCAACGAAUACAGAGCCGAUGUUGACCACCUAUCCAACUCACGUCGGACACCCCUGAUGAUCGCUGCUGAGGAAGGACAUGGUAUGGUCGUUCGGCAACUGAUUGAAAUGGGUGCUCGCGCCGACGCCAAAGACGACGAUGGAAGAACAGCCCUCUCCUAUGCCAAAGAGAACAGGCACGGCUCGCUCCUGUAUGAUCUCUGCAAUGCCGCAUGGCUGAGAGAAAAGAACGAGAGGGCUCUGAGAAGGACGCGGUACGAGGAGCUCUCGGAGAGAUCGAUGUACCAGUACAGCCGCUUGCAAGAAAGCGGGCAGAUACGCAUCAUGGAGUUGCACCCAGGGGAGCACGGCGACGUGAUUUCGUUCGAGCUGCACGACGUGGACCUAUCCCGGGUUCCUUCCUACGAGGCUUUGUCCUACGAGUGGCAGGAGAGACAAGGGAAUAUUCCUGUACAAUGCGGCGAAGAUCGUGUCCAUGUCACCCCGAACUGCAAAGCGGCCUUGGAAAGCCUGCGAUACAAGGAUAAAUCCAGGAUGCUUUGGAUUGAUGCGGUGUGCAUCGACCAGAGCCGUACCCAGGAGGUCAAUGAGCAAGUAUCCAUGUUCACAGAUAUCUACCGCAAGGCGAAGAACGUCAUCAUGUGGCUUGGAGAAGACGAUGAUGAUACCGAAAAAGGAUUUGGCGCCGUUCAAACGCUUGCCGGCCUCUACCCACUCGACAGAGCAGAGCGGCAUAAACUGCUGAAUAUCGCAUUUGAUGGGAAGGAAGAAGCAAGGGAGGCAUUGGCGUCCAUCAAGCCAUUAUACGACAGUUCAUACUGGGAACGGGCUUGGAUCUUCCAAGAGAUCAUUCUUGCAGGAUCCAGGGGUGUCGUCUACUGCGGUCCGUACAGCUGCAACUGGGACACGCUGAGAACUGGGCUGUUGGCUUACGAGCAAUGUGCAUCCCGAGCAAAUAACCUCUGCUUCAAGGCGAUCGUGAGCAUUGACAAUGCAUUCAAAGAGUCUGGUGGAGCCGAUAUCACCACCACGAUCGCCGCCAUGACGACGUUCCAGGCCACGGACCCGCGAGACAAGGUGUACGCAACGCUGAGAUUGGGCUCAGCCUUGCUGACGUCACAGCAGCUCAAACCCCCAGCCGUGGAUUACGAGCUGACGGUUCAGGAGGUGUACAUGGAAGCAGCUCGAUACUAUGUGCACGUCCGCGGAUCGCCCGGCUGGGGUCUCGGGAAUCGUCCAAGCAAGAAAGUCGUGGAGGGUUUACCAUCCUGGGUCCCAGACUUUGACUACGGAUCCCGGCGGACUGCUCUUGAGACUUACCAUGCUCUGUACGGCAAAGUAAAUCUGACCUCGACAGACCUGAGGGUGGGACGCGCCCCCGCGAUGACCCGUGUGUCUCUGCACAUCGGCGCCUACAUUGUCGACGAUGUUAUUUUCAGUGCUCAGAUCGCGAGAGAGAAGGAUAUAUAUGACAUUGUCAACUCUCUGGCUGUCGUUUUGGCAGAGCAGGGACAUGGAAUCUACGAUCCGCUCCCUCGUCAAGAUGGUCUUGCGACAGCCCCGGCGACCAAAUUGGAGGACACUAUUUUUGCAGCAAUGUUACGUGGCCUGCUCAACUUACGUAUUGGCGAUGAAGAACGGGACUUGAGUCAGGAUUCGGAUUCAGAUUCGGAAUCGGGUAUUGACGAGCCGGAUGAGGGGACCAGAACUCACAUCGCGAAGCCAGGACUCACGGACCCCGCUGCCGAAGACUCGAAAACGUCCCAAAACUUCAGUGAGGACGAGGACAAGGCAUCAGAGACCUCCUCAGUGGAUGACUGGAUUACUGUUAGUGAUCAUUCGGUAAAUAGCGAACUUCCAAUCCCCGAUGGGGAGCUGGACCAAAAUUCGUCGGAAGGUGACUCUCAAGAGGGUGACAUGUCAGAUGCUUCGCUGGGGUCUCCACAGACAUUCUCGUAUAAGCGGAUCGCGGCCUUUCUCGCCUGGAAGUUGUCUAUAGACAGCACUACUCCCGAGCUGUCAAAGCAUAUCCCGCCAUACUUGGAGUCCCUCGUGAGGGACUGGAACGACCCGGAAGAGAAGAGCGAGAAAUAUCUCGAGCAGUAUGCCGACAUGGAGAACAGUGCCCGGUAUGAUACAGAUAUUUUCUACACAACCAAAGGAUACUUCGGGAUCACCAAUGGCAACGAGGCUGCGGAGGGAUUGGUCGUUGCCCUCGUGAGCGGAGACUCACAACUGUCCUUACUCAGGCCAGGCGAGGAUGGUCAGCAGAAAUGGUACGAGUAUGUCGAUGACGCUAUUUUCACUCAUCUAUCCGGUGACAUCAAUACUUUGGACAUACUUGAUGCUACGGGGAGGAUAGAGAGGAUAGUAGUACGGUGA